GCCGGAAGUUGCGUGCGCCCCCGGCGCCCUCACGGUGCGUCGGGAGAGGCCUUGCGGAGCUCUAGCGUGCCGCUAUGGCUUCCAGUGGGGUCGGCGUGAGCGCUGCUGGCGCGACAAAUGAAGCACCAGAGAUUCCGGACAACGUGGGAGAUUGGCUCCGGGGAGUCUACCGCUUCGCCACCGACAGGAACGAUUUCCGGAGGAACUUGAUCCUCAAUUUGGGACUUUUUGCUGCGGGCGUUUGGCUGGCCAGGAAUUUGAGUGACAUUGACCUAAUGGCACCUCAGCCUGGGGUGUAGCCAAAUAGACACAUGGAACCCCCCGUGCUGUACUUGAACCUUCCAAAAACAGAGCCUCCAAUCUGUGACUGUCACAAGACUUGCCCUGAUGGAAGUUGAAGUUUCAUACAGAGGGGCACCUUUCCUGCCCGACUGAUUUCCUUUUGUCCGUUGAGCCCGCUCAGAACUCCGUUCUCUGGUCAGCAGUCAGGUUUCAGCCAAAGUGUUGUCCUCUGUUCUGUAAAGUUCUGUACAUAGUUCCUAAGUUUCUGCAGGGGGUGAUCUUUGUGCUUGUCCUGAGGAAUAACCUAAUGGUAUUUUAACAAAUAUUUGGAAUAAAGACUGCACACAAAGAA